CGGAACCUUUGAAGCAACUAGGUUGAGGGUACUUUGACUAGGUUUGAAUAGAAAACAUCGGCAAUCUACAGAUGUCGAUCAAACGAUUUCCGACCCAGUUGGUCCAUACGCUCAGAACACAUAAUGGACCUGUCAACGCAGUGACCUUCUCCAGCUAUCCUGGAACCUAUGUCCUGACCGGAUCAACCGAUCGCGCAGUGCAUCUCUCACGGGCGAUUCCGACGAACAACACCGGCACUGCAACCGAGACGACCUCGCCGAUCCAACGUUACGAAGCACAUGGAUACUCCGUGCUAGACGUCGCCGUCGCAGCCGAUAAUGCGCGAUUCACAAGCGUUGGUGGAGAUAAACAGGUGUUUCUGUGGGAUGUUGAACAAGGAGGAACCAUUCGACGUUGGAGUGGGCAUAAUGCGCGAGUGGAAGCGGUCCAGUUUGCUGGAGAGGACGACUCCGUCGUCGUGUCUGGCAGCGCGGACACGACCAUUCACCUCUGGGAUUGCAAGUCUAACUCGCACAAGCCGAUCCAGACAUUGACAGAAGCGCGGGACACCGUUUCCUCUCUACACGUGCACAUGGCUACCUACUCUAUUGCCAGUGGCAGCUACGACGGCCGCGUUCGAGUGUACGAUAUUCGCAUGGGCCGAACUACGGUUGACGUUCUCGCCCAUCCAGUCACAAGCGUGCGCUGCUCGACUGACGGCAACGCCGUGCUGGUGUCCACCCUGGAUGGGCGUAUUCGCAUGCUCGAUCGUAGCGACGGAAAAUUGUUGCAGGCUUUUGGGAGCGAGUCGACGAAGACAGACAACUCUGCCGGAUUCACGCUUGGACAGAGUCCCCUCGCGUAUCGCAAUAGUGAGCUGAGGAUUCGAUCCGUCUUUGCCAAGGCAGAUGCCGUCGUUCUGAGCGGCAGUGAAGCAGAGAAGGGGAGCAGUGACGCGGAGGCGGCCCAGGCAGCCGUGUUCGCUUGGGAUGUACUCAGCGGUGAGGUGAUUGCUGCCGUUCCUGCUGGGGAGGGGGUGAAGGCCGUUAGUGCCGUGGCGUGGAACGAAAAGGGAGGAUGUUGGGCCGGCGGUUACUCGGAUGGUAUGUUCUACUUUUUCCUCUUGUUGCCUGUUUCUCGAGUCAUUGUUUCUUACUCACCAAUCAUCAUCAUCAUCACCACAGGAGCCGUGAAGAUCUAUCGCUAGAGCGCGUCCCCCCACCGCCCCCAUCUCCUUCGCUCCCGGAAGAUGGGUGAGACUGGGGUCAUGGUCGAAUUCCUUCCACGCUGCUCUGCGCUUUGACAACUUGGCUGCUUACUCUUGCUCGUAUUCACUUACCACGAGAACCGACUGGCUACCAUGUCCUGAAAUUAGCAUUUCUUGCCUCAACGCCACCCAGACGCCCACGUGUGCGG